UCCAUUUCUCUCGCCAACCCAAAUUUCAAUCAAUUUUCGUCGGAAAAUUUCCAUUUCUCCCACGCUAAUCGCUUCUCGAUUUAUCUUAAUCUUUUCACGGUGAUUCAGUAUUUUUGUUCUUCGAAUUUGUGUCGAUUUACAGAUAUUUUUGAAGGUUUUUGUUUGAAGAUGGCUCAGAGGACAGAGAAAGAAGAGACGGAAUUCAAGGUUGUACCUGAAACCUUGACUCUUUGCAUCAACAACUGCGGCGUCGUUGGAAAUCCGGCGACAAACAAUAUGUGUCAAAAGUGCUUUAACGGCUCCACAACCUCCAGUUCAACCACGUCUACGCAACGUGCUCGUGGUAGAUCUGGCUCCUUGAGGUCUCCGACGAGGUCAACGUCUCGCGACGUUGAGGUUGAUCUGGUGGUAGAUCGGACGGUUGUGAUGGUGGAUGAAGAACCGAAGGAGAAAACCAUGACUAAGGUUGUAAGUCGGUGCUCUGGUUGCCGGAAAAGGGUUGGUUUGACCGGAUUCCGGUGCCGUUGUGGCGAUCUGUUCUGCGCGGAGCAUCGCUACUCCGACCGUCAUGACUGCACCUACGAUUACAAAACCGCCGGCCGUGAGGCGAUCGCGAGGGACAAUCCGGUGGUGAAAGCGGCAAAAAUUGUUAGAAUUUAAAUUAAAAACUAUAAAAAUCUUCCACUUAUGUUGCCGAAUUUGAUUUUUCUGAUCGAAAAACUUGUUAAGCCUAGGAGAUCAACGCUCGAUCUCUGGUUUUUAUCAUUUCUUAUGGAAAUUAAUGAAUCAAAUUAUCUUCUUGGAGAUGGAGGAGACGAGAUUGAUCGAGUGCUGAUGGAAAAAACAUCUGAAAUUCUCCUGUUUGAAUUGUUCUGCUUUAUUUGGUAGAGAUUCAAUUGUUAGGUUUCAUUAUUGUUGGUGUAUGAUUGAUCAUCUGAUGUUUAAAUUAAUCAGUGUAUUAUAAUCAAUGAAAGAAAUCUUCGU